AUGGGUGGUUGUAUUGGCAUUGGAAAUAUGACACCUGGUUCAGAAUUUAAUUUUAUGAAUGAUCCUGAUGCAGCUCAUAUUGUUUUUACAUCUCCACAUGUUCCACGUCUUGUUAUGAUACCAUUAGAAUUAACACAUACUGUUUUAGCAACUCCAAAUAUUAGUGAACGUUUACGUUCAUUGGGUACCCCAUUUUCAUCAAUUCUUGAUCAUUUACUUCAUUUUUUUGCUGCAACUUAUAAACAAGUAUUUCAAUUUGAUUCACCACCAUUACAUGAUCCAUGUGCAGUUGCAUAUGUAGCUGAUAAAGAUCUAUUUGAAGAACAAAUGGUGCAUGUUGACAUUGAACGAACAAGUGAAUUUUGUCCAGGAAGAAGUGUUUGUGAUGUAUUUGAUAUGCAUCGAAAAGAAAAGAACUGUGUUGUAGUAAUGAAAAUUAAAGAAGUUGAGCAAUUUUGGAAUAUGAUGUUAGAAGCUAUUGAACAGGCAGAUAAGAAAAGUCCAGUUAAUCAAACUAAAUAA